GUAGCAAGGGGGAGAUUCUAAAAAAAAAGUUGGGAUUUUUGAAGCGAUCUUGUUGUUCUCUCUCUCUAUCUACAACAAUGGAUGUUGCUAUCUUUAAUUCGUCAGUGUACGUUUCCAAUAUAGCAAUUACGAAGGCUAUCUUCAACCCGAAUCCACCAGCUCUAUCUUUGUCUUCUUGUUGGCUCUGCAAUUCGUCAGCCAAGCGAAUCACUAAAGUGAGGCUCAGGGAAGGAUCGAAUCAAGGGCUUCGUCGUCUACAUGCUCUGUUUCACAACGAUGAGGCACCAAGUGAAGGCGAAGAUCAAAAUGGGUUUGGUUUGUUACCGGCGGAUAUGUUCUCUUUAUCUCAGGAGAAGUUUGGAAGUAAUGUAAGUGGUGAAAAGGGUAGUGGUAAUAUAAUCGAUGUGGAGACAUCUCUUGCAGUUCCUCAUAGUGGAGGAACUCGAGCUGGGCUCUUUAGAACCCCAAUUUCCGGUGGUGUUCAAAGCGCAACCUCUGCUCAUGGUUUACCUCGACCGGCUUUAGCUGUUAGGAACUUGAUGGAACAGGCCAGGUUUGCUCAUUUAUGCACAGUGAUGUCUAAAAUGCACCAUCGUAGAGAAGGGUACCCAUUUGGAUCUUUGGUAGAUUUUGCACCUGAUCCGAUGGGACACCCAAUAUUUUCAUUUUCACCAUUGGCUAUUCACACUCGGAAUAUCUUAGCUGAACCUAGAUGCACCCUCGUUGUUCAGAUACCCGGAUGGAGUUGCUUAUCGAAUGCAAGAGUAACAUUAUUCGGCGAUGUCUACCCAUUGCCAGAAGAUCAACAAGAAUGGGCUCAUAAGCAGUAUAUGGCUAAGCAUCACCAAGGACCUUCUCAACAAUGGGGAAACUUUCACUAUUUUAGAAUGCAGAACAUAAGUGAUAUAUAUUUCAUUGGAGGUUUUGGCACUGUCGCGUGGAUCAACGUCAAUGAGUAUGAAGCUCUUCAGCCAGAUAAGAUAGCUGUUGAUGGAGGUGAGAAAAAUCUAAAGGAACUCAAUGCAAUCUUCUCAAAGCCAAUUAGAGAGCUAUUGUCUAUUGAAGCCGAGGUAGACGAUGCUGCUAUCAUUUCUGUAGAUAGCAAAGGGAUCGAUAUAAGGGUUCGUCAAGGUGCUCAGUUUAACAUACAAAGGCUAGCCUUUGAGGUAAGUGUUGGUGUUGAGACUUUAGAAGAAGCCAAAUCUGCUCUGUGGAAAGUGAUAGAGAAGGGCAAGUUGCACAAUUUGCAGAAAUGACUCAAUGGUUCGAUGGAUUUGCAGAAAUGACACAAAGCUUUGAUGAAGUGAGCAGUGUGUAAAACAAAACCUUCAUUUGAGUAAAUGAAAUCUAGACAAUUAAAUAGAUUGUAAUAAGAUUGAAUUAUGAGAUAAUGACAAAAAUUGUAUCAACAUCAGUCAUCA